AUGUCAAGCGAAGAAGCCAAUAAACCGCUGCACCUCCCCGAGAUUCACACAGAACGAAUUGCACACGCACAAAAUAUUAUCGAUCAGCAUAACAGAGACGCAGCGAGUUGGACCCAUCGAAUCGCAAUGAACUUAAUGCCGACCUGGUUCAAGGCGUUCUCAACAUCAGCACGAGAUUAUUUGGCUUUGACGCUAUACCUAGCCAAAUGCUUGCUCAAGAUUGUCGCUUUGGAUUAUUGUCUCCUUGUAUUCGCACAUGUUUUCUUACUCCCUGGUGCUGAGCCUGGAGUGGUGCAGCUGAGUGCGAAGGACAUUGUCCCAACAAUCACCCAACUUGACAAGCUCUACGUUGAAGGAUCCUUGAUGAUCCUGCCAUUUCAACUUGAGCUUGUUGCAGAUAAUCUUACACGGCACGAGACUUAUAUCAUCAACAGCGAUCUGCCUCAGCGAAUUUGCCUAUCUAAUCAAGUAAGGAUUAUCAAGGAUAACACUCGAGAUGCAGCAGACACAGUUGAUGACUGGGUCUCUGGCGUUCUUGUUAAGUUUGAUCUUCAAGAACUUGCUAGUUGGAAAGUUGGGUUCUUCGAACUUUUCAACUCGCAGGCGACCACAUCUCAAGUUCAUAAAGAGAACGCUAAGAUAUGGAUUGGGUUUUUUGAACGCCUCGACAACAAAGCACAAGAGCUUCAAAUCUUAUCCCAUAUCGCACACGCCCAACUUCGAACUCUUCAGGAGUGUCUUCACAAAAUGAGACGAGCUAUCGCUAAUGAGCUUCAACAAACUGGCAGACUCAAGGGGCAUGCUAUGUCUGGCGAGAAUUCAUUCGAGUCAGCUAAAGCUAUAGAAAGGAUAACUAAACUACAUGAGCAAGACAGGGUCCUUCGGUUCUUAUCAACCAUUCAGGUAGACGCCGAGAUUGUUUUCAGUGCCGCUGAAAAGCCUCUGAAGCAGGUUCGAACAGGUAUCAGCAGUUUCAAAGCCUUAUUCGAGGAACCAGCCUCUCACCUGCUACGUCGCAUUGGAGCUUCUAUGCACCCACUCAAUAAGAAGUUGAACAGCCAAAUUAGCGCAAUUCUGGAGCAAAACAGAGCUCUAAUCAAAAUGCAAGCCAAGCAAGAAAAAAUAUUUGAAGAUCACAUUAGGAUCAUGAAUAUUGAAGGGGAGAAGUAUGCACAUGCUUCAAAUGCAAACUUUCCGAGAUCAAAGGCCUUCGACUACUCCUCUCACCAUGCUAAUUCGGAUUCUUCCGGCGAAGGUUUAUCUGAUUCGGCAGGGAAAGAAGAGCCUCCCACUUCCGACAGUGGCUUCGACUUUGAAGAAGCAAGUAAGUGGGUCGGGUUCGGUACGCAGUGUCUGACUGGAAUUGGAGCACUGGCAAGUCUAAUUGGCUUCAGACGAUUGUAUGGGGUGUGGGACGUGUAUCACAGAUUCUGA